AUGGAAUUUUUAAAUUAUAAGAAAAGAAGAGUUUUCAAGAAGUUUAUUUUGAUGGGAAAUCUAAACAGUAAUUUAUUGAUUUAAUAACCCUAGAAACAACAAGUAGCACUUAAGCAAGCUAUAAAAUUAAACUUAGAAAAAAUAAACAAAGAUAAUUAUUCUUCUAAACAGAAAAAAGAAUUAUACAAAUGAUUGUAAAUAACAAAGUGAUCAGUCUAAUUGAUCAUAUAGAAAUAAAAGAUAAGCAUUAUUAGGUUAUGGAACAUUAUAUUGGAGGAGAUUUAGAUUUCUAUAUAGAGCUACUACUUUAAGAAAGGAAUAUGUAAUCUCUUUCUGGGUAUUAAGGAAAAGAAUUUCUAAAAUAAUUGCUUAACGGAUUCAAAGGGUUAUAAGAUAUAUUUAUGAUUCAUCAUGACCUAAAACUAAAAAUAUUUUGUUAGAUGAGAGCUUUAUUAGAAUUACAGAUUUAGGUUUUCUCAAAGUUGGUGAAGUUAGAGUAACCUAGGUUGAUACAUCUAACACAAAAGCACUUGAUAUAUUGA